GCCUCUCAGACAUGUUUGCGACCGCGCCCGCGACGCAAUGCGCGACUGCGUCUCUCGCACGGCGAUGAGUAGCGACAGUAGCAGCGAGGCCUGCCAGUGAGUGCUCCCGCGCGCCAUGGAGGCCGCAGCAGCGGCGGCGGCGUCGUCGUCGCCCGCGCCCUGCUCCCCGCACCUGAAGAAAGUGCUGAAGACGUACCAGUUGAGCGCCGUCAAGAGCCUACACGGACCGAGCACGGUGCUGGCGUCGGCGGCGGCGGCGGCGGCCACCGUGGGCGACGACGACGACGACGAGGAGGACGACCGCCACCGGCGCAGGGGCGACGAAGAGGCGGCGUCGACGUCCUCCUCGGACGCCGGCGGAUUCCGGGCGCCGCCACCGCUGCCCAUCCAGCAACCGCCGCUGCUGACGGCGCCCGACCAGUCGUGCAGCGAGCGGUCCGAGACGGUGCUCGAGGGGGAGACGAUCGCCUGCUUCGCCGUGGGCGGCGAGAAGCGGCUGUGCCUGCCGCAAGUGCUCAACUCGGUGCUGCGCGACUUCUCCCUGCAGCAGAUCAACCAGGUGUGCGACGAGCUGCUCAUCUUCUGCUCGCGCUGCACGCAGGACCAGCUGACGGAGCUGAAGGAGAGCGGCGUGCUGCCCGCGACGGCGCCGUCGUGCGGCCUCAUCACCAAGACGGACGCGGAGCGGCUGUGCUCGGCGCUGCUGCACCGCGCCGGCCUGCCGCCGCCGCCCUGCGUGCCCGACCUGCUCUCCAUCAAGGUGUACCACGAGUGCUUCGGCAAGUGCAGCGGCAUCUGCACGCCCGAACUGUACGCGCGCGGCAACGCCUACUGCAUCGAGUGCGCAGAGUGCCACGGCAUGUUCUCGCCGCAGCACUUCGUGUGCCACGCGCACCGCGCCCUCGAGAACCGCACCUGCCACUGGGGCUUCGACUCCAGCAACUGGACGCGCUACCUGCACGCGGCCGAGGACCAGGCAGAGCACGAGCGCCUCUCCAAGCUGCUGGACGCCUUCAAGGAGCAGGCGUCCAGCGGACCGCCCCCGCAGCCGCCGCCCGCCUCCCUCAAGCGCAAACAGUUUAAACCCACUUCUGCGACGGAGUAUGGAUUCGAUCCCGUGCUCGCUGCUAGUGGCAGGCUUGGUAAAAGACACAAACCAUUCUGGUAUGAGCCGCUGCAUCACUACAAGUACAAGGUAAGCACGCGCCAUCCAGACGAGCCGUGCCUUUGGCGCCGCCGCCGCUGCUACGCUUCGGCAGUCUCCGAAAUAGCGGAGGCGCCGGCGCUGGACGCGUGCAAGGAGCCGUCGGAGGCAGCGCUGAAGCGCGUGCGGCUGGAGCCGGCCGACUGCGGCGCUGCGACCGCGGCGGCGGCGCCCGCCGUUUACGCCGUCUACCCGGAGCAGCUGCUGUGGUGCGACGCCUGGGGGCCGCGCAUCGCCUUCCGGCCCUGGCCCCUGCCCCUUGCCGCCACCGCCAAACACAAGGCCGCAGCCCUCGCCGACAGCCUGCCGCCAGUGCCCGCGUACCUGAGCCACAGCCCGCCCGUGCUGCUGCACCCGGAGAGGGUCGUCCCACUGUCCGACAGCGAGCGCUUCGAGCGCAGCUUCCAGCCCAACGUCGCCCUGGCGCCCGUCGUGCGUCCCAGGCACGACGACUCCAAGCCCGACGUGAAAAUGGAAGCUGUAAGUGAUGAGCUGCAUGAAAAGCAGUCUGCUAUAAUAGUGCAACCCAAUCCUGUGCCUGGCCACAAUCUGCAGCUACACUAUAAUCCUGAGAUUGAACUGUCAACUGACACAGAUGAUAGCUUAUCUGAUGCAGCCUCACUGGCCAGAGCAAACAAGGAUUGUGUGGCAGAGGCGUUGGAAGCCGUAUCCGAUGACCUAACAGAGGACCAGCGCAGUCGUGUUGCGAGGGUUGUGGGUCGCAUGGCUGAGUCAAUGGAGCGGCUGAGGUCCCACAACCGACUGCUGGAGAAGGAAAAUGGGCUGCUGAAGCAGAUCCGAAUACUGCAGAGGCACAGCACACCCGCGGAAGGUCAAGAUGGUCCUACGGAAGAAAUAUCAAAACUGGAGAACGAGUUGGCAGAGGUUGGAAGCAAAAUUCUGAGGUUGGGCUUUCGUCCACAGAAAAUCCAGACUGGUGGCGGCAGCCCUGUGUCAGUCAUAACUUCUCCCCCACUCAUCAUUAAGUCUGAGCCACAAACAUCUGACUGAACCAGUCCAUUGAGAAUCGAAGGAAGUUUCCUCCAAAACUGUAAAAUGGAUAUCUGUUUACAUUUAUUGCUCAUCAAUGUUUAUGGAUUCAGUGUGCCGAGCCAGUAUGCUAUAGUGGGGCAACUAGGUGGAAUGUGAAGACAGUCAUAUUUUGUAUGUAUAAUUGAAAAAUGAAGGGCUUUUGUAUAUUUAAUUUGUACUGCCAGAAUGUCGAGUAAAGGUUUUUGCUCCAAGUAGAUGAAAUAGGACAUCACACCGAGCAUUGAGUGGCAAAGCAAUGCAGUGCCUAAUAUUAUUUCCUGUUUUCUUGAUAUAAGCUUUGUCCUCACGGUAGCUAAAUCUAGGAGGAGAUAUUAAGAAAUUUUUUAACGAGGUUAAGAGAGAAAUAAACCUACUGGCAAAUAUUUUUAUCAAUUUGAAAGUACAAAACUUAGGUGCUGUAUUUUCUCAGCACCAUUAAAUAUAUACAUGUAUUCUCUUUAUUGCAAAUGUAAGUAAUGUAUAUUCGUGUGCUAGUAUUGAGUAUCAACAGUUUUAUAUCCUGUAAAUGCAGGUAGUUUCCAAAUAAAUUAGAAUCUUUAUCUAAAGCAACUUGUAAUGCUGUCCACUACUGUUUGCAGUUUCAUUUGUGAUCUCAGACUAUCUGCUGUUGUCAAGCAGGUAGUUAAAAGUGGCACAACUUUGCCCGCAUUGUGGGCUGAUAAAUUUGUAGCUACAUACUUUUAUUUAUAAGCAUACAGCUGCGCCAUUCCCUGCUUCAUUAAAGCUGUACAAAAUGUAGGUAAAAUAUCUCCAUUCAAGUAGUGCUUACAGUUCUUACUAUUAAAAUUUCUGAUGUUUUUACAUGGGGGUUCGUAGAGUCUGCUCACACUACUCCCCAAUCUUUGUCUUUUCUUUACUUUUCUUCUGCUGUUUUCUUCUUAAUCACACAUAACGGACCACUACCAGGACUCCAUCAACAACAAAAUCAUGUUAACAACAUUUGCAGCACAAGAAAAACUGGGCCUCUGAUGCUCGAUCACUGCCACAAAUUAUUAUGCAGGACAAAAGUAAUAUGAUCCUUGUGUGACCUGAUUUAAACAGUGAAUGAUGCACACUUGACAAAUUUGCUUCUGCAAAUCUGUAAAUUGGUAUCAAAUGUACCUGUCUUUGAUAGUCAGUCUUGUAAGUUGUAUAAUUUUGUAACUCAUUUCAAAACCAAACUGAGAUGUUUUAGUCAUUGUGGCUGUAUUGUAUCUACUCACUAAACUAACCAGCAAACCACGUGCAUCAGCACAAUUGUCAUGAUACCACUUACGCUUGUUGAAAACAAUAAGUGAAAUGUGAUAUGUGCACUUCCAGAUGAAUGAAUGUUGUUCAGAGACUCUGACCACAUUCAUUUUUGGGUAAGCACAUCAAAUGAAAUGGAAAAAAAAGAGAAUAAAUAUAGAUUAAGAUGUAUGAAAACAUAUCUCUCUCUCUCUCUCUCUCUCUCACUAUCUCUCUGUGUGUGUGUGUGUGUGUGUGUGUGUGUGUGUGUGUGUGUGUGUGUGUGUGUAAGUAAGUUAUUAAGUUUUUGAUAUUUUACACUGAAAAUUAUUUUGCUCAUAUAACUUAUUUAUUUUCACUCAUAUCCUUGCAUUUCCUGCCAUGUAAUAUGUUGCUAGAUUUUUUUUUUACUCAAUCAAUAUUGAAAAGGUACCUGUAGAUUCAUUAUUCGUUCAGUCUUAGUUUUGAGGUGAUACAAUGUAACACUGCUGUAAAAAAAAAAAAAAAUCAAAAAAAAUCUGUGUGUUUAAUUCUGUAUAACAAGGUAUUCCAGCAACAGUUCAAAGUUCUGAUGAAAUAAAAAGGAAAUGUUUCUUGUUGAAGUGAUGAUGAAUCGUAGCAAAGGAGGGUGGUUUCCUUUGUGUUAAGUGCUGCAGGGAGCUUAAUUUUACUGCACAAGAUAUGCUCGUGAAAUGUCAGAUUGUAAUAUGUUGAUUCUUCUCUGCUGAAAUGGGCAAACACACAGUACAAUGGACCAAACAAAGUGUCUGGUUGUCAAAUUACCCAACACAUUGUUUGCAUGAAUUUGAGUAAACCACAGAUUGUCAUGUCAAUGCUUGAAAAUUAAAGUAAUCAGAGUGUAGGAAAGUGUACUUAAUGUUAUAUGUUUUGCUGUUAUAUGUAAGAAAAUGCUUAAUUUAAAAAUGUUUUAAAGCCUUCAUCACCUUGUUGGUCUAUUAAAAUUUGUAUGCUGUCUCCCAUUGUGCCUUAAUGUUGUCUUACGUGUUUGUUAUGUACAGUUUACUGCCAUGUGCAAUAGAGAAGACAUUGGGAUUACUGAGUUCUUUACUCUUAUCUUGGAUUUAAAAGAUAAUUUGUCUGUAAGAACUGCUUGCAGUAUGUGAUUGAAUGGAAUUGGCAAAAAUUAAGUUCCUUUGUAUAGAUUCAUGAUGCUUGUGGAAUGCAAACAAUGAAGAAUAUGGAAAAAUU